UUAGAACGCAUGCGCAUUGAAUUUUGUAAUCGUGGCACCAAACACAAAAGUGAAAGGUCAGGUUGGUUUUCCAUAUGGAGAGAUUCAUCAGCUGACAAUUGAGCAAUUAUUAUUAUUUAUUUUGUUUUGUUAAGUCAUCAUUAGGUAAACAAAAUUUAACAAUACACAAAAUCCCAUAAAAAAUAAUAAAAGAAAUGGAUUUAACAAAAAGUCAACUAGCACAACAAAAUACUCCACAAGAAUCAAUUCAAGUAUUUACAAACUCAAAACAACAGAGUAGAAAAAACAGCCUAAAUACUCAAUCAUCAACAGGACAAACAUCACUUCCUUGUCCAGGUCGUACACAAGGUGAUGGUAUGGAAAACUCACCAAUAAAAAAUGAAACAAAAAAAUUAAGUGACACAUUGAUUUAUCAUCCACAAAAUUUAAAUACAUCAUCAUUAGCUCCACCACUGCCACCACCAACUGGUGCAAUUGUUAAAUUAACACCACGUAAUAUAAGUAGAAAAAAAAGUGUUAAAUUAUUAACAACAUUAAAAUCAAAAGAGCCAAAAUUUAUACCAUAUGAACCAUAUAAAGCAGCAGUUAAUCCAAUAAUACCAUUUGAAAAAAAAAAUUAUAAAAAAUCAAUGCGUAAUAAUAAUCUUGAUAUAAAUGACAUGAUUGAACAAAUGUCAAUUCACAAAUCAAUUGAGAUGGAAAAAAAUGAAAAAAAAUAUGACAAACAAAUUGAUGAUAAUGUUGAUGUUGAUGCUGAUGAUAAAAGAGAAUUAAAAGAAUGGCAAAUUGAAAAAAUGAAAUAUGAUUUAGAGAUAAAAAAUUUAAAAGAAGAAAAUAGUCAAUUGGAAAAUCAAUUAAAAUUUCAAGCACAAGUUAAUGGUGAAUUAAAAAAUUUACUAGUUGCUGCAGUUGGUGAAGAUUUAGAAACACGUGUUAAUUUAUUGACUGAAGAUAAAUUACAGCUAUCAAAAGCAUUAUUAAAUUCAGCAAAACAUUUAUCAACACAUCAAGAACAAAUUGAAUGGCUUGCUGGACAAUGUGAAGUAUGGAGAAGUAAAUUUUUAGCAAGUAGUUUAAUGGUUGAAGAACUUGCAAAAUGGAAAGCUGGAUUAUCACAAAUAACAAUUGAUUUACAAGAAGGAAUUAAGAGAUUACUUGAAGAGCAUGUUAGAGUACGUGAUUUGUUGUUAAAAACAUAUAAAUUAUUGAGUUUGUUGAGGCAAAAUUUUGAUCCAGUUGGUGCUAUGUCAUUUAGAAGACAUGAGUUACCAACAACGAAUAUUCUUGAUUUGUCUGAGGGCUGUUAUCAAGUAUCAGAGGUAUUAAAAGUACAGCUGUUAUCUGGUAUGGAACAUAUUAGUUUACAAAAAAAUAUCAACACAAUUGGAUUGGAUACUAAAACAACUGGAGAAAAAAAUAUUGACAAGUAUUUGAUAAAUCCAAAUUUAUUUAUUUCUGGUAUUCAACAAGAUGCUGCUUGUAGUGCUGUGAUGGGUGCAGCUGUUGCUGUUGGUAAAUCAAUUUUUUCACAGCAUAAUCAUGAGCCAAGUAUAUCAUGUUGUUCACAGUGUAGUGGAGAAAUUAAACAAAUUUAAUAUCAAUCAACAUUUUAUCAUCUUGGUUUGUCAAAUUAAUUUAAUUUUUUUUUCUAAUUAUUUUAAUAUACUUACCACGUUGUUAUUAAUUUAUUUUUUUUUCAUUUUCAAAUUGAGGAUAAUUGAUUGGAGAAUAUUGUAGUUAUGAUAAAAAUAAAUUAAUAAUUUUGAUAAAUUUUUUUAUUUUAA